AUCGAUACCGCGCGCUUCGAUAGUACCGAAGUAUGGCCGAGAGCGGACUCUCAUGUCUGCUAAAGACAAAAUAGCGAACGACAGGAGCACCCGACACAACAGCAGUGCAGCAGCAUCAGCCGCGGUGUUAUUAUGCCCGAAAAAAAGGUGCUCUACUGUCUGCUCCUGCUGACGCUACUGGACGCGACGUUGCAAAUCCGGUCGUCGCUGCACGGCCACAACAAUGCCUUCGUUCAGGAUGACAACGAUGUUCAAUAUCUUUUGGAUAAUAUGCCAAUAUCUAUGCAUAAGGAUUUUCCUAAUACAGUACAUGGGGCUGGCAUUGCUAUAUCUUUAAGGGAUACUCCAUUGGACGAAGAUAAAAUGGAAGAUUCGCUCUCUCACAUUUCCUUUGAACCAAGCAUCUUGGAUUUCAAAGAAAGACAACUUGGUAUUCCUCACCAAGAGACUGUGAUCAUGUUUAACAAAGAUCACAACAAAACUAUACAUCUUUCAUCGAUAUCGGGAAAUACACGUCAUUUCCAUUCGUCAUUUUUUCAAAACAAAGUAAUUCCACCACUGGGGAACACGACAUUUAAUGUUGUCUUUCUUGGUCGAGACGAGGGUGAUAUUGAUACACAUCUUUUUAUACAUACUUCAGAUGGGACACUAAAGUAUCAGGUCAAAGGAAUAAGUGUCAGUAGCCCGUAUAGACUCAGACCCGUAGUCGAUGUCAAGUUACCAUUAAAUGCAUCUUUUACACCUCUUAUAUAUAUGCACAAUCCACAUCCAGAAGCUUUACAAGUUGUGGAAGUAUACAGCAGUGGUGGAGAGUUUCAAUUAGAACUACCCUCAGGCGAGCCAGAAGGCAGUCGCGAUUUAUGGGAAAUUCUACCUUACCAAACAAAGCCUAUCAUCCGACUACGUUUCAAUGCUUACGCGGAGAAGAAUCAUACAGCAUACGUUAGGGUCUGCUGCAGAUUUAAAGUGAACAACACCGCUGAGAUCCUCGUGGUAGCAGUUGAAGUCGAGGUGAAAAGUGGAGCUGGUCUUCAUUGGGGUGGGAGUUCUGGAGUAAUUAAUCUAGGUAUGGGUGGUUCGCUACAGCCACCCAUUCGCCAUCCUAUUGCUUUAAAAAAUUCCGCCAAAAAAGCAAUCAAAGUUGUGAAUAUUAUAAAUACACCUGUAUCAAAAGCAUUAAAACUGCAUUUUGAGCCAGCAAUAAUUCCGGGAGAGACAGAUAUACCAAUCGCCAUUGGAAUGCUGGUUUACGAUUGGAAAACCGGUUUGGACUUGCAACACUUUAAAGGCAAGUUAAUAAUAAAAGCAAUAGGUCCAGGUGGCUCUAGUCAGAAAUUAGCAAUUCCGUGGGUGGCCCAAGUGCUGCAAGGUGGAUUAGAAGUAAACACAUCGAUUACCCAUUAUUGUUCUCCGCAGUCCAAUCAAGCGCGGAACUUUAGCGUGGUGAACAAAUUUAAAUUACCGUUAGCUAUUACGAACGUCACGAUGUGUUCGAACGCGAAAUCGCUUUUUACGAUAAAAGAUUUUACUCCUAGAGUAAUAAAGCCUGAUCAGAAGGUCAAUAUAUUUUCUUUACAACUUGCCAAAGAACGGAAAGGUGAUAACGUAAAGAUGGAGUCGUCGAUAUUGAUACACUCGAACGUAUCCGUGACCGAGGUUCCGCUGUUAAGCUACGACGGCAAAGUGAGAAAGAUCAUGCCGGGCGAGAAGGAGGACGACAUGGGAACAAUGAAUUUCGGUACCGUGGGAAGCGGCACCGAGAACGAGGCGAUUUUCGCGCUGGAGAAUCAGAAUCCCGUUAACGUGGAGCUGCACGGCUGGGGCGUGAACAUGCCCGGCGCGGUAUUGGAACUGAUGGGAUGUCAGAGCGGUCCCGCGGAUCUGUUGGAUAAGGAAUUUCGAAAUAUAACUGUGUGCAGCCACUCUGGAAACCAAUACAUCAAGCCGGGAUUCUUGGCGAUAUUCAAGAUUAAAGUAAAGACUCCCGUGGUUGAGGAAGACACGAUUGUUGGUGACGUGUUCGUGCGAACAACGUACGAGCGAUUUACAUUGCCGGUUUACAUGCGAGUCGCGCACGGCAGAAUUUCCUUGAAGAAGCUUAUUUUUACUGAUUGCUUCCCCGGAUCAAUCUGCGUGCAACAAGUGAAGGUACACUCCACGUUCUCGAGACCGAUGGAGAUUACGCAUAUCGCGCCCAUAAACAAGGACGACAGGAUAAAGUACAUCCCGCUGGAGGAGGCUACGAUGCCAGUCAUAUCUAAGGGUGAGACCAACAUUGGCUCGAUACAGAUCGAUUCCUCGGUGAUCUGCAAACAGCACUGUUACUUAGGUUUACCGGUGGAAACCAGUACAGGAAGUCAGUGGUUGAACACGAUGAGCCUUCCCUCGCACACUCGCGACUCCGACUUGAACCUGCUGAACGCGCGGUACAUGCGUUUCGUCAACUCCACUACGGGCGGCUCGUGGGACAACGUCACGAUGCGGCUGGAUACGACCGAGGUGCGUGGGCACAAGUUCUACGUGAACAUCAAACCGUUUUGGCCGAGCCUGUUGGCCGGCUCCGGCAAUAUAAAGAACAAGAGUGUCCUGAUGUUCCCACUGACGCAAGUCGGCAACACGUCGUACUGCGCGAUCAAGCUGCACAAUCCGAGCAUGAGCCCGCUGAUAGUCCAGCUGGUGAUGGACUGGAGUUACCCUCAAGGAGUGCGUCUUUAUCACUCCUUGCCGAUGAAAUUUAAGCCUGCGUGCGCGGAAUGCUCGUCUACGGUCCCAGAAGAGUUCAAGCUGGAGGAGAACGAGGCGGACGAGCGAGGACUGUUCGAGAAACAGUGGGGUGUACCGGUAGCGCCUCAGUCGCUACCCUUGUACUUGUACCCUGCGGAAUCGAGGACGAUCCGCGUAGCAUAUACACCCCUCUCCGCUUCAGUGUCGUCUGGUUUUUUAUAUAUUAGAAAUAAUAUGACUAUUUUAGAAGUGCUACGUAUGACUGGCCGAGGUGCGAGUGCACAAUUUAGGUUCGACAAUCGUAAGCCGGGCUCGACUGCGCCCCUGCUGUUCGAACUGGCGGACAAACAUCUUAAAAAUUGCGAACGAGAGCGCGGCACGACUCCUACUCUCACCGUAAAACGAUCUUUCCUGGCUAGAAAUACGGGGGAGCUACCGAUCGAGAUCUACGGUUUCGAGAUCAACGGCCUGCCUUGCGAGGGCUACGGCUUUCAGGUACUCAAUUGCUCGUCCUUCAAGCUGGAUUCGAAUGCGACGAAAAAGAUCGAGGUAGCGUUCACACCGGACUUUACGUUGUCACGCGUGGAGCGGAAGCUACUCGUGUUGACCAGCGUCGGGCCGGACAGCGGCGGCGAGGAUAUGGAGAAUGGCGUGAUGAUACUUAAUCUGCAGGCGACUUUGCCGACGCAUUUGUUAGAUUUGUGCGCGUCGGUGCUCGCCAGACCGCCAUGGGAACGUACGAUGCAGUGGAUUGCCAUCGGCGUCUCGAUAAUAGUGUUCUUGUUGGUUGUCGUCGUCUCGUUUUUUGAGGCGGACCGGAUACUACAUAGUGCACUAGCCAGUUACUCGAAGGAGAGCACGGUGCAACCACCCCUGGAUCUAAGACUGUUGUCACACGUUUCGGUGCACAAUACACAGACGCAAAUUAGCGGCAGCGGCAGCGGUGGUGGUAGCAGCGACGGUGGCGGCGGUGCCAAUAACAAACAAGAGAAAACGAACGACGAGAAGAGCAAGACGAGGAAAGACGAAACGUUCCCUGAUUGGACGUUGAUGAACGUGAAAAAAUGCAAAGAUAAAGACUCGCAGAGAGGGCUGAAGAUUCCGGACUGGACCGCCGAGGAGGAACGCAAAUUCAAACUGGAUACCGAGUCCAAGGACCUGCUGUCUUUCAAACGAUGCGAUGAACCCGCUAACGCGGACAACAACGCAAACGCCAUAAACGCAGCAAAUACGUGCGGGUCGAAAAAGAAGAAUAAUAAGAAGCAGAACAACAGCCAGGAAGCUGCAUCGGACAAUUACGCGGUGAACGAUACGCUUGCGGACACUCAGAUCAGUCAAGAGAAGAAAUGUACCGUGAACGUGACAACGAAGUCGAGCCCUACGUCAAACAGAAAGGGAAAACCACAACCGACGACGCAGCCGAGUGCUAAGGAAGAGUCAAAGCUGGUUGACCACGAAGUCCAAGUGGACGCCGGAAUUAUUAAUAACAAUCGAACCAAUAAAGUGGACAACAAGCGAAAUAAGCAGACGAGUAGUAGCGGAAACAACAGUAAUCACAAUAAUCAUGUUUCGUUGAAAAAACUCGAGUCGGCGAGCAUUCAAAAGAUCGUUCACCUUUCAGAGGAAGAGACCUCGUCCACGACAACGGAAAGUUCGACUCAUGAUGAAACGAAUUUGUGUAAAGGUUUCGAGCAGUCGUACGGGAAGCAAGAAAAGCUCCAAAGAAAGCCGAUAUCUAAGAAAAGCAAACCUCAGUCUAUUCCUCCUGUGCCAUGCGUAGAUUAUAAGGAUAAUUACGAAGGCGACUGUGAUGACGAUGAGUACGAUAAGGAGAAGCAGAAUGACCCGAACAGAUGGAAAACGAGUACUACUAGAUCUACCACGAAAUCGCACCACGUUCAUACCUCGCGCACCGUUGAGUCAUCUUUCAAGUUACCACGUCAGAAUAAGAAUCCACCACGAAAGGAGAAAUCGGUUCAGAAACGUCGUGGAGCCGACAAAACGCAUGUGAAAACUUCUACCGUGAACGGGAAUAUGAGCCAGAAAGAGGACGUAACGCGCGUCAUGGGAACAAUUCCUACUCCUACGCCACCCCCGCCCUCUUACUGGGGCGAGAACAGGGCCAAGUUCAGCGACGUGGUAGCGCGGAGCCAGGAACUCGUCUCGUUCGCCAAUCUGAAUCACGUAAAUCACAAGAGUCAGACGAGCACGUCGAAUCUGCCGACGAUGUUCAGCACCGACGUAAAGGACGUUCAAUACGCUAAGACACAAUCGGCGCAAGAAUUGCUGCAAGCACCGAGGGAGUACAGUUUGAUGUCGAAACCAGCUCCUCCCCUCUGCAUCGCGACUCUGGAGAAGGAUAAAGCCCUCGAUCCGGAUCCCCUGAUUUUACAACCGGAUUCGCAGCAUUCGAACAGUUAUUUCAUCAACGCGUUCACGGAACAUCCUUUCGAGCGUGAGCUGGUACCGUACGACGAUCUUCCAGAAACUGACGAACCUCUAGUAGAAUUGGAGACUCCCGAGGAGGACACGCGGUGCCAAUUAUGGGAGGAUACUAGUCCUAUGAUAAAUUUACUGUCAGACAAUACAAACGGAUUUCAGUUGGAGUCGUCGAAAAUCACGGAGAAACCUGUUCUAUCUGAUUUGAAAGAUAACUGGACAGUCGAUACGAAUUGGGAACCGUUGUACACCAGGGCGGCUGUUGGAGAGGAACGCAGUGGUGUCUGGGGUAUCAACACGGGGGGUGUGUGGGCUGCGGCUCCAUGGGGAGCGGCCGCACCGCCUAUGGUGUCGCAACCGUUACAGUCCGAGUCGGAUGCACAGGAAAGAACAGGCUUCGAUCCAUUUCGUUCGCUCAGCACAAUAUGGACACCAUCGUCGACGGAAUCAUGGCGGUCGAAGCGCGAGGAUUAAUUAUUGGGGACGUUUGGUUUUCUGACGUCGUAUUGUCGAUUUGUUUCACGAUUUCUUUUUUUUUGGUUUGGAAAAUUGAAAAUAACAGUUUUUUGUAAUAGCGACGAUACGAUUGCGACCGCGAUGACGCGAUACAGAGCUACGGAAAUUGUUGUGUUUUGUUGCAACCGCGCUGCGCGAGCGUACUUUGUGAUAUAAUUGUUACUAUUAUGUUAUACGACAUUGACGAAGCCUCACAAACGAGUUGUUUUCGUUCAGUCUUUUCUUGAACCAAAAUCUAGGUGUUACAAUUUUUGUUUUCUGUUUCGUUAUUUAAAGCAUGAUAAAAUACGUUAAAUGACUGCAAGCGAAAAAUGUUCGCCUACGUAUUGCAGGAUAAUUGGAAAUUUUGUUUUGGUUUUUUGGUUUUGUUGGUAAAAAUUGAAUACAUGCUUGAUCGAGGGACUACAGUGAAAUGGAAAUAGUACAUAUGGAAUAGCAGAGUCGACAUAACAAAAAUAGGAGAAAAAAAAAGGAAAAUACAUUUUCAUAUUAUAAUCACAGCACGUAUUAAUUUAAAGAAACAACUAUAUCGUUAUACAUGGGCUUAUAUACGUAAAUUUAUAAUUUGCUCCUUGACUACAGCACACCCUUUCUCUGCUCUCGCGAUAUUGUUCGGAGGAACACGGAGAAAAGAGAAGAAAAAAAAGAGAAACAGGAAAAAAAAGAGAGAAAAUGCAAUACUCGAGAAUUCUGAUCUUGGUAUUAACCACGAGUGAUAAUUAAGUUAUUCGAGACGAGUGAGAGCUGUGAUUUUUUAUAGUCUUGACUUGUAGAGAUACCUUCACGCAAAAUUUUCAAGACAAGUUUUACAAGGUUGCGUCGUAUACAAAGUAUGAAACGAAAGAAAUGUGUACCUAUUCUUCAAGACUGGUAAUCGUUGUGUUUUAAUAAAGAAGUCACAAAAAA